CGAGUGUUCACAGCGGAAGAGGUAGCUGCACAUGUGUCACCGGACGAUUUGUGGAUGGUCAUAAAUGGCAAAGUAUAUGACGUGACAAGCCUGAUAGAGCAACAUCCAGGUGGUUCCGAGGUCCUUUUUGACUGCGCGGGUGUGGACGCCACGAUACCAUUUUAUGAUGUUUCGCACUCCGAAAACGCUUUCGAGAUGCUUUCUCCCUGUUUUAAAGGC